AUGGCCGUCGCUCCUAUUACUGGCAUGCUCCGCCGCCGCCUCAUCAUUGACCUCGGAAUUGGUCUUGGUGCUGGCUUUGUCAUGGCUAAUGCCUUUUGGUACGGCUAUCACGUUCCCCGUACCACUGCCCGCGACAAAUACUACUCGAAGCUGGAGGAAAAGCGUUAUGCCGAGAAGCAGUAA